AGUAACUCGAUCAGCUCAGGAAGAAAAGCAGCGGAACCUUCGAGGACGUGUCGGAGUUUCCGGUUCUGUCUGAGCUGCUCCCCACGCCGGCCCGUUACCUGGUCCUGGUUCCGGGUCCGGUCCUCCUCCAGCGGCGUUUGGUUCCGGAGAUGCGAGUGUGUGCGGGUCUGAGCGGGCCUCUGGUCCUGAGCAUGGUUCUGGUUCUGGUUCGGGGCUGGGAGGCGGACCUGGAGCUCCUGGACCUAGUAGAGGAGGUUCCGCAGAACUUCUACGAAUUCCUGCACCUGGACAAGGACGCGGCGGCAGCAGACAUAAAGAAGGCGUACCGUCGCCUGUCUCUGACUCUCCAUCCUGACAAGAACAGAGAUGAAAAUGCAGAGACGCAGUUCAGACAGCUGGUGGCCAUCUACGAAGUUUUGAAGGACGAGGAUAGACGGCGAAGGUACGAUGACAUCCUGGAGAACGGCCUCCCCGACUGGCGGCAGCCCGUCUUCUACUACCGCCGCGUGAGGAAGAUGAGCAACGCCGAGCUGGGCUUCCUGCUCUUCCUCAUCCUCACUGUGGGACACUACGCCGUCAUCUGGUCCAUCUACCUGGAAAAGCAGCUGAGCAGAGCNGUGCAUAUCCUCUUUACUCUCCAGGAGUCCGGGUGGACAGAGGACGACCUGAGCCUCCUCAGCAGGUUGAUGGUGAAAUUCCCUGGAGGAACUCCGGGCCGAUGGGAGAAGAUUGCCCAGGAACUUGGACGCUCUGUUCCCACUGUGACGACCAAAGUCAAACAGAUGAAAGACAAUGUGAAUCAAACCUCAGCUCUCGUCAAACUCUCAGAUUUAAAGUCUCCUCCAUUUCCUGUGAGGUCAUUUCCUGUGGAUGACAUAAUCACUCAGAGAGUGGGCGGGGUCAGUGAAGAGGAGGAAGAGGAGGAGGAGGAAGCUGCUCCGGUGCUCCGAAGGAGGAACAAGAAGAGUUCCUUUGCGGAUGGUUGGGAGGGGAAGGUCCGCGGCCGGCGGCAGAAGGACUUUGACCCGGCGGCGGCGGUGGAGGAACAGGAGGAGGCGGAGCUUCAGGAGAACAUGGCCGUCUGGACGCAGAACCAGCAGAAGCUGCUAGAACUGGCCCUGCAGCAGUUCCCUCGCGGAACCGCAGAACGCUGGGACCGGAUCGCCAAGGUGGUCCCCGGAAAGACCAAGGAGGACUGCGUGACCCGGUGUAAGAUGCUGGCUGAACUGGUGAAGAAGAGGAAGCAGCUGAAGAGCUGAUGAGCUCUGGCUCCGCCCCUUCCUGCUGCUGCUGCCAGAUGAUUGGCCUAAAGGUUCCUGGCUCACCUGCCCAGGUGUGCCGGUGCCAGAAGGUCAGCUGACCUCAUGUGCCUUACAUGUUCAGCAUGUUGCCAAUCAAUAAUCAAUACUCAGUAUUUAUUGUUCCCUUCAGUUUUUAUUGUUUGUUUCCAAAUAAACAUUCAGUCAUCAGCUUUGCUGUCUGUAUGUUGAACCCAGUUCUGGACCCAGUUCUGGACACGGUUCUGGACACGGUUCGGUUCUGAACUUCAGGUCGUCAGAGAAGGAAAACAUGGAUCAUGAAUCUGUUACUGUUGGAAAUAUGUUCGUUAAGUAAAAAUAAACUUUGCUAUAAAAAUGUAA